AAAAAGAGAAAAUGGAUGUCUCCUGUUUUUGCCGGCCCGCAGCAGACCCGCGGCCACCACCCGCGAGUUCUGACAGCCUUCUUUCGGCCUUGGGUGAUCUCCGGUCGCACGGUGCGGGCACGGCCACCGAGGCCGAAAGCGCUGCGGAACCGCCCUGCUCCUGGUUCCGGUUUCCGCACGCGCUCCGAGCCUCUUUGGGCGACGGCCCCGGGCAUCCGGAGCGCUAAAGAGGACGGACCGCAGAGGUUGUCUGAAGGCCGAGGCCAAGAUGGCGGCGCUGUCAGGUUGACGUGGACAGUGCCUUCCCUGCUGAGCCCACUGCAGGUUCCUGGAGGAUGGGGCCUGUGCUCAACUGCGUGGGAAACCCACGAGCACCAGCCAGGGCCUGGAGCACCCAGCACAGGCUUGUCAGGCACAGCUGAGGCCAGGAUGAGCACUGGGUGCCCAGCUCCUGGCCUGCGCGGCUUCUGGAUCCUUGGUCUGCGCUCCAGCGUGGGUGCAGCUGUGCAGGCACGAGGUGUCCAUCAGACCGUGGCUACCAAUGGGCCGAGCAGCACCCAGCCUGCCCUGCCGAAGGCCAGAGCCGUGGCUCCCAAACCCAGCAGCCGGGGGGAGUAUGUGGUGGCCAAGCUGGAUGACCUCGUCAACUGGGCCCGCAGGAGCUCCCUGUGGCCCAUGACCUUCGGCCUGGCCUGCUGUGCCGUGGAGAUGAUGCACAUGGCCGCACCCCGCUAUGACAUGGACCGCUUCGGCGUGGUCUUCCGCGCCAGCCCACGCCAGUCCGACGUGAUGAUCGUGGCCGGCACACUCACCAACAAGAUGGCCCCUGCGCUCCGCAAGGUCUACGACCAGAUGCCCGAGCCACGCUACGUGGUGUCCAUGGGGAGCUGUGCCAACGGCGGCGGCUACUACCACUACUCCUACUCGGUUGUGAGGGGCUGUGACCGCAUCGUGCCCGUGGACAUCUACGUCCCAGGCUGCCCGCCCACGGCCGAGGCCCUGCUCUACGGCAUCCUGCAGUUGCAGAAGAAGAUCAAGCGGGAGCGGAGGCUGCAGAUCUGGUACCGCAGGUAGCGCCACCGCCAGAGCCUCGCCCGGAGCCGUCCUGUCCCCCUUCUGUCCCGUGAGUUUGUCAAUAAACCCGCCCUUGGGCCUCUGCC